AUGUCGGAUGAACAGCACAAUUCCAUGGGCCCCGUUCUAGAUGCGACAGCGGAUAUUCAAAAACUAAGCGAACGUCCGGAAAUAAUCUAUCCCGCAAUUGAUACGCUCUAUAGAAAACAUCAUGAGCAUCGAGUUCAUCGGUUUACUGAAGAACAUCGGGAAAAACACAUCGCUAAUUGGAAAGUAACAAAAUAUGCUGAAGAAGAAGUCGCUUAUGGUAUCAAUUGUUUCUUGAAAGUUUCGAUUGGUGAUGAUUUAUACAUUCAUAUUCGUAUUCAUCGUCAUAAAAAUCAAGAUAAAUGCGAUUUCUAUGCCUUGCACGAAAUAAUUAAGCACAAUACUGCUACAUGCGUAUUUACUGAAGAUGACCCAUUAACUUACUUUAAUUAUUGA